UAAAUAGAUGUGCAUGUAGGGAAGUGCGAAUAGUGUUCAUAGAAGACCUCAGAGGAGGCACAUAUCAGCUCCUUUUGUUUUGACGCGCUGUUGGUGGUGCAAGGGAUACCAAGCAUGAGAUCCCUAAGUUUGUUGCUACUCAGCGCCAGCUGCGCGCUAAUCCUAAGUCUAGCCUACGCCCAUCCCCCCGAGGGUGUGUGGAAGAAGAAGCUCACCUGGAAGGAGGAUUGGGUUCAGGUGUGGAAGACCGUCAAAAAAGAGGCGUGGGAAACCAAGUGGAAGAAGGUUUCCGUGCCAAUAUGGAAGGAAGUCAAGGUUCCAGUCUGGAAAGAAGAACAAGUUCCCGACUGGAAGAUCGUGAAGAAGCCGAAAAUCGAGGAGAGGGAGGUCCCCGCCUGGAAGGAGGUCAAGGUGGCCGAAUGGAAGAAGAUAACGAAACCCAUUUGGGUGCCCACCAAGGUGGCCGUGUGGAAGGAGAUCCAGGUGCCCAUCUGGAAGGAGGUGCAGGUCCCGUUCUGGAAGGAAAUCCAAGUGCCCAUCUGGAAGGAAGUACAGGUUGCAGACUGGAAGCAAAUGUUUGAGCCCCAAUGGGUGAAAAUGGGCAUUCCCGGCGAAAAGUUCUUGGGCAAGGACCACGAGGGCUGGGAGUACACCAGCCACGAUCUCUGGCGCAAGAAGCUGGUCUGGAAGCCCGUGUGGAAGAAGGUCUGGCGCACCGAGAAGAAGCAGGAGUGGAAGACCGAGAAGAAGCAGGAGUGGCGCACCGAGAAGAAGCAGGAGUGGAAGACCGAGAAGGUCCAGGAGUGGAAGCAGGACAAGAAGCUGGAGUGGAAGGACGAGUGGAUCCAGGUGUGGAAGCCCGUGAAGAAGCAGAUCUGGAUCAAGGAGAAACGCGAGACCUGGAUCGAGGAGAAGGUGCAGAUCUGGCGCACCGAGAAGCGCCAGGUGUGGGCCACCGAAAAGCGGCAGGCGUGGAAGGACGAGUGGCAGUCCGUGAACGUGCCCGUGUGGAAGGAGGUCAAGGUGCAGGAGUGGAAGAAGGUGUGGAAGCCCGUCUGGGAGAAGGUGUGGGUGCCGGUGAGCCAUGGCCACGGCCACGGAUGGGACUAGGACCGCGGCGGGGUUCUCCGCUUGGCCGCCAGCCAGCGACAGCACUGAUACCUGAUAACUGAUCCCGCUGCCCUACCCUACCCGAACCGCUGAAAUUGUUACAUAGACUUAAAGUGUAAAGCAUCCCCAGCCCCCUCCUGCAUUUUGUAAAAAAAACCUUCAUACCUUUCGUUAUCUGUUGACAUCACUACCACCACCACCACCACCACCACCACCCAUUACCUACCCGCCCCCGUCAUCGCUGUCUCUCCCAAGUGAACAAAUUAGUCAUGCGCGCGUUUUUGUCUUUAAGUUAUACGAAAUUCAAUAAAACAACAAAAAUUAUAA